AGUGGAACUUGGAAGUGAAAGAAACUUUUCUUUUCCUCUUUUACAGACAGAUCACGGCAACAGACGACUUCAGACAGCCGUGGGGUAACUUCUGUUUUUCUCGUCUCUGUCUUUUCGCACCAGCGACCGAGAAAGGAGGGCAGGAAAGAAGAAGAACAAGAAAAAAAAGAGAAAACUUUAGGAAAAAAACUUGUCAAAAGGAUGUUUCAACACUUGGGAUUAUUAUUCCUGAUCUGGAUCCUGGUGACAGUUGAAUGGACCGCAGGAGAAAUCCUCCCCCCACAAAACCUGUCUGUGCGGUGGAUCCACGACUUCGAGCCGGAGCUGUCCUGGACGCCUCCCCCGGACCUGUGGGACAACUGCACCUUCAAGGUCUGCAUAGAAGACCAGGACCACAACUGUCAGCGUGGAAACCUUUCUGAAUAUGCUGAAUACAUGAUCAUGGAGGGAGGAUUCCUGCCGUGGUCCGUUACCACGCACUGCCCUGACCAGACCAGUGCAAAGGUGUACUACAAUAUCUCUUACCCAGAGCUGGUGCAGGAUUUGCAAUGUUACAUCUACGAAGCCGAGCGUGUGAACUGCUCCUGGUCUCCAGCCCGUGAUGUCACAGAUCUCCGUUUCUUCUACAGGCUCAGGACUCACUUCGGCGAGGACGACGACGCACCAGAACUCCAAGAGUGCUCCUUGUACACCGACGUUAGGAAGACUGGCUGCAAUCUGAAGGCGAAGGCGAACCAGGAGAUCGACAUCUUGUUCAAAGCAACCCAGAACGACACGGUGGUCAGGAACACCUUCAAGAGAGAGCUGCUAGCCAACGUGAAGCCCCCCCCCCUGAAGUGGAACGUCACCCAAAACGCUGACUCCUUCAAUAUCACCUGGGCUCCUCCUGAGAUCUUGGGGCUCACGUCUUGGUCAUUUGUAAUAAAUUACACUGUGUGUGAUGAGAAGAAGACCCUUACAGUAGAGGCGGUAACAUCCCACGUCCUAGCCCGAGUCCCUCACUGCCGCUACUGCAUAGUCAUCGGAGCUGUGCGUGACGGCGGCAGCACGCCACCCAGCGAUCAGAAGUGCCUUGAUGCUGAUGAGAACAGGAAUGUGCUGGUGUACGCCGCCGUAUUCAUCCCACUGCUGGUUUUCGGUCUGGCAGCCCUGGCUGCGUUUUGUUGCUGGGAAAAUAAGGACAACAUCAUCUCCAAAGUGCCAAAGCCUAUCGACCUCAUCAGUGAGAUCUGGGACAGCAAGAAUGCUAUUUGCAACCUGUCCACGAUGGCAGUGGAGGAGGAGAGCUGCAAAGUCACUUUGGUUGUAGAUAGCCCUCUUGAGAAACCAGGCUGCCGAAACAAACCCGAUGCCAAUUCCUCGCCCUCGUGAAGCUCAUUUUUUCCUCCCUCCAAAUCUCCUGUACUCCUGCUACGUUGCACACAAGCUGAUUCAGCUGAAACUGAACGUCACCAAGUAGAUACACUGUUAUUUCGGGACGGGGGUGCAAUCAUACAGACUGAAAGUCUCAUUCACAUGAAUGCUUGACUCACAUCACAGCUCGGUUAGGUCAGGCAAAUUCAGGCGUACACAUUGCACGUCUUGAGACCGGGCUGACCAAAGUAGUUCUUUGUUGUCGUCAUAGUCGGAUCAACUGAACACCUGAGUCUGCUGGACGAGGAAAUGUUGUUGGCAGCACUGCACUCCACUGUAACGUGUGCUGACGGGGAAAACACUCUUUUAAGGGUUUGAGAGCUCGUCACCAUCAGGCUGUGACAAACUCUGCACAUGUUUUUGAAAUGUGAACGAGAUGAGGCGGUUUAAUGCAGCCGGUCCUUGGAUGGAUUAACACUGGGAUGAGACUUACGGUUCACCUGCUGCAGGCGUAACGGGGAUUAAAGGUUAGACUCUGAUACGGUUUGAUCAAACUGAUAUUAUUCCCUUGUCCAUGCGUGUUUCACCCUGUGAGCAGGUAAGAAAGACGGAGGGCGGGUUUGUGGGCUCUGCCUCACCCGCCGGGUUAUGUCAACUAGCUGCUGUCUCGAACCUUGGACAUAAACACAGGCAAAGCAGAUUUCUGCAAUGGAGGACUAUAUAAACGUUUUGUUUGUCUGCUUUUUACAUCAGUUGAAAGACCUCAUGCAUUUCUUUGGUUUGAAAAAAGCACAAAGGGCUGCUCACGUUUGUUUUUAGGGUAAUCAUUUACUUUUGCAGUCUCAGCUUAAUAGUUUAGUUUCUGUCUUUAGUCUAAAAAUGACAAAAUCAGUGAUCAUGUGAAGGGGGAAAUUCCAAGAGGAAUGAGGGGGAAAACCAGAAAUGACAACCAGACAAGAGUAAAAAUGAAACCCAAACAAGGCUACUAUAGAGAUGACGAAACGAGAAGGAGUGCGGAGAACACAGCUCUAACACAAGAGGCCCAAAAGACAAGGAAUCCAUUAGAAAAAUAAAUCUACAGCUACUGAAUAUGGUGAGAUCAGGCUUAACAGAUCCUGGAGUGGACGCUGUGAUGGGGAAUCAAACCUCCGCACAUCAGCUCCUUCAGAUUGGACUGAUGUCUAAAGAUCUUUGUGCCAUUUUCCAAAGUUCCGAUCUAACUGCAGAUAUAAAUGCUGAUGACGGAGCAACAAAGAAGGAAGUUGUGAAACUGGGCAGCUGAAUUUCUGAAAAAGAAGAAGUGUAUGGGGUUGAGGCAUUUUUGCUAUUUAUGCUGCAUAGCCAGACUUCUAACCACGUUUGUUUCCGGAUUUUGUCGCCUAACAACUUUUAAUCAAACUUUUAGAUGUAUUGGAAGUUGUGUUCCUUGAUUGGGACGCCUUUCGCUUCCAGCAUAUAAACUUUUUUAAUUGAGAAACAGAUGUAACAUAAGACGCAGGUAAUUGAAACCUCAAGCAUUUAGAAGCAUCUAACUCAAUAUUUUGCAACAGCUGCACGUCUCCAAAACAGAUGAAUGGCAAGGGAUUAGAAAUAUGUCCCUUUUUCAAGGGAAGAGGACAGAAGAGGUUUUCCUCAAGCAUUCGCCUGUUUAGCAUCAUAUUUAGCUCAGUACUACAGAAUAAUGAAUAAGUAAAAUAACACAAGAUAUAAACUUCACUAACAAAACAAUAGCAGUUG